GAGUUCCCCAGGCCCUCCGCUCAGGCCCGGACUUGGGGCCUUUUCUUGUGUCUCGGUUGUAAAGGCAUGCCAGCUACAGCAUUCAAGAGGGCCGUUCUUUAACAAAGGGAAGGAGAUAAAUGUAAAUAAGCUCACAUUUUCAGAAGGAGCAGUUUGCUGUAAGAAGCUUCAGCAGCCAGAGUCUGCUACUUUGGGCUGGGAUAAACUUUCCCUGUAAAAAAUAGUAAUAGAUCAAAAUAUGCACUUCUAAAGUGCGAGUUUCCCGUUUACAUGUUUAUUACCUAAUUGUCUACAGGCAUGAGCACACUCUGUCAUCUAGCACACUCUUUCUUGGGGAAUACUGGUCUCUGGAGGAGUGUGAAAAUCAAUUCUCCUUAAUGUUAAGCAUCCAUUGGAGGAAAUCUCUAACCAUAGUACCUCCAGAAAGUUCAUUGAUCAACCAAGUCUUGGAUAAAAUUAGUGCCAGAAUUUGGUUUGAACUAAUGUGGAGGAAAACAUUUCUUACCAGCCUUUAGUCUCAGAGUGCUGAACCCUGCAGUCUGCAGGCCUCCUGAAUAAAAGUCCAUGGGUGACAGAAGAUUCAUUGACUUCCAAUUCCAAGAUUUAAAUUCAAACCUCAGACCCAGGUUGGGCAAUGCUACUGCCAAUAAUACUUGCAUUGUUGAUGAUUCCUUCAAGUAUAAUCUGAAUGGUGCUGUCUACAGUGUUGUAUUCAUCCUGGGUUUGAUAACCAACAGUGCAUCUCUGUUCGUCUUCUGCUUCCGCAUGAAAAUGAGAAGUGAGACAGCUAUUUUCAUCACCAAUCUGGCCCUCUCUGAUUUGCUCUUUGUCUGCACUCUACCUUUCAAAAUAUUUUACAAUUUCAACCGCCACUGGCCUUUUGGUGAUACCCUCUGCAAGAUCUCUGGGACUGCAUUCCUAACCAACAUCUAUGGGAGCAUGCUCUUCCUUACCUGUAUUAGCGUGGAUCGUUUCCUGGCCAUUGUCUAUCCCUUCCGAUCCCGUACCAUUAGGACCAGGAGGAAUUCUGCCAUUGUAUGUGCUGGAGUCUGGAUCCUAGUCCUCAGUGGUGGUAUUUCAGCCUCUUUAUUCUCCACCACUAAUGUCAACAAUGCAACCACCACCUGCUUUGAGGGCUUCUCCAAACGUGUAUGGAAGACAUAUCUGUCCAAGAUAACCAUAUUUAUUGAAGUUGUUGGUUUUAUCAUUCCUUUGAUACUGAAUGUCUCUUGCUCUUCUGUGGUGCUAAAAACCCUCCGUAAGCCUGCUACAUUGUCUCAAAUUGGGACUAAUAAGAAAAAAGUGCUGAAGAUGAUCACAGUGCAUAUGGCAGUCUUUGUGGUAUGCUUUGUACCCUAUAACUCUGUUCUCUUCCUGUAUGCCUUGGUGCGCUCCCAAGCCAUUACCAAUUGCUUGUUGGAAAGAUUUGCAAAGAUUAUGUAUCCAAUCACCUUGUGCCUUGCAACUCUAAACUGUUGCUUUGACCCUUUCAUCUAUUACUUCACCCUUGAGUCCUUUCAGAAGUCCUUCUAUAUCAAUACCCAUAUCAAGAUGGAAUCUCUGUUUAAGACUGAAACACCUCUGACCACAAAGCCUUCCCUUCCAGCUAUUCAAGAGGAAGCUAGUGAUCAAACAACACAUAAUGGUGGUGAAUUAAUGCUAGAAUCCACCUUCUAGGUACAAGAAGUCUCUUUAGGUCCAGAUAUAGUUUCUUCUAUGAUUUUCCUAUGCUUUGAAUAAAAAAUUUGAAGCUAAUGAUAUUGAGAAUAGAUUAAUGUACUGAAUAUAGUCAGAUACAUUUAUUUGAAUGUUUAUUGUAAUACAUAUAUUGUUUUGUUCGAUAAUUAUAGGUCACAUCUAAUUACAACAGCCAGAAGGAAUUGCCAAACUCUUCUUCUGGGUUGGAAAUUCAUUGUACCACAUUAUAUAAGUCAACAGUAGCCUUGACUUCAGUGAUAUAGAGGUUACUUAAAAACUUUGAAAAAAUAUAUUUCCAUUCCAAUAUUUGGUAAUUAGUUUGGGCCUAUAAAUAUAGAACAAAUUCAGGUAUUUUUUUUAAACAACCUUUUGUGUUACUACUGAUAUAUACUAGUCUUUUUUUGCUUUUUGAAUUGUCAUUGAGUUUAUUUUAGUACAAGAACAUACUUUAGUUUAACAUUAUUAAUAAAAAAGUAUCAAAUUUAAAAAAGUUAGUAAAAUGUAUUGUAUAUAUUUUAAAAGCAGAAACAUAAAUUGUGUUUGUAUGAAUAUUGCUGGGAAGAAAUGGAAAAUUUCUGGAUUUAUAUAUUUGCAGUUACCAGCAGUGUCAGCUUUUAAAAACUUUUCCUUUUUUAUCCUAUAUUAAAUUUCUUAUAUGAAAUGUCAAAUCCAUAAAGCUGCUAAAUAUGUGCCCAAAACAGGGCAAAAUGGAAAAUCACAUAAAACAACAAAUGUUCAUAAAAAACUAAGAGAAAUCAACAUUUUCUUUAAGAAUUUUCAAUUAUUUUUCUUUUGGGAGACUAAUUUUUAUAAAUAUUCCAUAUGUGAAAUUUUGAAGCACAGUACAACAAAGCUUCUGCAUUUGUGCCCAGGUCAGAAGCAAAUUGAAAAAAAAAAAAAGGGACAAAAGUAUAACAAAAAUAUAAUAAUAAAACAAAAAACUUUCUUAAAACUUGCAUCAAUCAUUUUUUGAGGGAGGGAGCAGAGAUCUGUAAAUUACUUAUGCUUUCAUAUUAAUUUUGGAGCACAAUGUAGCCGGAGAGCUGCUGAAUUUGUGCCCAGGUUGGGAGCAUAUUGAAAAAAAAAUACAUAAACCAAACUAAACCAAUGCAAAUAAACACACAAAAUGAAAACCUAUAAAACAAUAAAAACCACAAAAAUAUUCCUAACGCUUGCAUUAAUAUUUUAUUUAUUAUUUGAGUAUAUGUAAAUUUUAAAUUACUGUAUUAUUUGUAUAAAAUUUUAGAGUACAAGUAGAAAUCCAGUACAUUUGUGCCCAAGUCAGGACCUAAUUGGAAAAAAAUAAAAGCAAAAUAACUCCUUAGAAAACAAUAACAACAACAACACACACACACACACACACACACACACACACACACAAAACUUAGAACUUUUCUUUUCUGAGCAUUUUUAAGACUUAAAAGAUACUAUAACUUUCUUAAGAUGCUUUGAAUUAAAAUGCAACUAGGAAGUUACUAAACUGGCAUCUACUUCAGGAGCAAUUAAAAUCAAUAUUUAAAAGUAUAUACAAGGAAACUUUUUGUAACUAAUUUAAACAACAAAAGCAGCAAAAACAUCUUUAGAAUCUCUUACCAUUUAUUGAAUGAAGUAUAGAUUUAAGAAUAUUAAAACCUUCAAACUUCUGAGCAUGGUAUAGCUUGAAAGAUUUAUGCUCAGGUAAGAAGUAGUGAAAAUAAAUAUCCUGCAUACAUACUACACACAAAUACACACAUAAUUAAAGCACUGCAAAAUAAAACCAAAAUAUUCUUAAAGUAUGUUUUAAUCAAUUUUUAAAAUUAUUUAGAAAUGUGAUAAUUUUAAAAUGCUAAGACUUCUUAAGUAAAAAUUUCAGAAACAACACAUUUUGUAAAUUGCUGAACUUGCACCAGGGAGUGAUUUAAAAAAGAUUAAAAACCAUAAAAUAUUGGCAAAAAAUUAAAAGUUUUAAAGCAAUAAGCUAAUUGUUAAAACUCUUAUUAACCUUUGUCUUUCAGAUAUGUGAAGUUACUCAGUCGUGUCUGACUCUUUGUGAUCCCAUGGACUGUAGCCCACCAGGCUCCUCCAUCCAUGGAAUUUUCUAGGCAAGAAUACUGGAGUGGGUUGCCAUUUCCUUCUGCAGGGGAU